AUGUCCGCUGCAUACGAUGAUGACUCGGAUUAUGGAUCUGAUGUCGAGGGUGAAUUCUCGAACGUACACCUGGGCCUAGCUGAUGGCCCCUUGGAAGGCGACGAUGAAUUCAACCCCCUCGUCUCAAGAAUUGGUGGGCGGCCUGCGUGGCUGCCACUCUCGCCAAAGAAGCUACCUCCUGCUUCUUUGGUUAAUUGUGCGCAUUGCCAGCAGCCUAUGCAGCUUUUGGUCGAGAUUUUCGCGCCGUUGGAAGACUCGCCGUUUGAUCGCAAUUUGUUUGUAUGGGGCUGUUCACGAGCCAAGUGCCAACGCCUCGGCCAUGGCAGUAUCAAGGCCAUCCGUAUGAUGAAGCACAAUGUGCGAUGGGCAGCCAAGUUAGCAAAGCAAGCAGAGCGACGACGUAUCCGUGAAGAGCGUGCGGCAGCCAAGGCUCGUGCCGAGCAAGAAGCAGAAGCGGAGCGGCUCAAGAAAGAGCGUGAGACCAAUCCAUUCAGUAUGAAGUCCACUACAGGUUCUUCAUUGUUUGGCGCAUCGCUUUUUUCCGAGAUACCUGCCUCGGCUGAGAGCACAGAGCGUGUAGCCGAAGCUUCGAAAGAGGACAUAAUCUCUGAGGAAGAGGACGACGACGACGAUGAUGAUGACUUCAAUGAAGAAGAGCGUCUAGCGGAAGAACUCGCUAUUAAGGCCUCCUUAGAUGAGCAGCGAGCCCAGCUGCAAGACGACUGGGCACGCACGGCAUCGCACUACGAGACGCCGUUGUACCUGAACACGAUACCCGAACCAAUGUACGAAAAGGACGUUGACGACGCAGCGGCCUCGGAGCCAAGUGAGACUGUACCCAUGAGCAGUGGCGAGGGCGAGCAGUAUGAAAAGAUGACGAUUGACGGUGUGGACGACGUCUUUGAGAGGUUCGCUCGGCGUCUCAGCUCGGAAGCGCGCCAAGUCGUGCGGUACGAAUUUGAAGGCACGCCUCUUCCGUUCCAUGCGGCUGGCCCGCUCUUCCAGCAGCUAUGGCCAGCGGGCCUGAAGGGCGGCUAUGACUCGUCGGCCGUACCGCGGUGUGAGCGGUGCAAUGCACCGCGUGUGUUUGAAUUACAGCUCAUGCCGAAUCUUGCAAACCUUUUGCGGAAGGAGCACCUAAGUGAGAAGUCAGAUGUGCAGGGCACGGCCGAGGAGCAGCGACAAGCCGAGAUUGCUUCGUUGCUUGGCAUCUCGAAGGAGGGUGUGUCGGAUGUGCGGACAGGCAUUGCAUGGAGCACGGCAAUAGUGUUUGUGUGCAGCAAGGACUGCUGCGCCGAGUCGGAGGGAUGGGCUGAAGAGUGGGUCGGUCUUCAGCAGGAAACAGAGUAA